AGCUGGUACUAAUGUGCCAGUAAAGAUGGAGAUAAAGGAAGAAAUAUCGGAGGCCGGGCACAGCAGUGGCAUGGGAAUGAAGCAUCCGGAUAGUGGCAAUCAUGUGAUGGUUCCAAAACGACGGAAAAGUGACGAUGGAAAUAGCAUGUGUAGCAGUGUUCAGGAUUCUGUGGAGAUUUCUGAGCACAAUCAAAGUUUACCAAGAAAAAAAUCAUCUUUGAGGACACAGUUGGCCCAACAGAUUCAUAGUUCAUCGACAAAAACCAUGAAGAAACCGGUUUAUCCGGUACGGCCGGCACAUGUGCAUUCGUCAGGUCUUUCACAGGCGGGUAAUUAUGCACUGGAUCAAACAUGCUUGUUAGCAGUAUUUCGUUAUCUUCCACCGGAAACAUUAGUUACGUGUUCGCUGGUUUGCAAGCUGUGGUCCAAUAUAUCCGUAGAUCCUGCCUUGUGGAAACGCAUGAACUGUGCAGAGUACAAACUAACCGCUAGUCUACUGACUGCCAUUGUUCGCAGGCAGCCUGAGCAUUUGAUUAUGGAUUGGAUUAGCCUUGGUAAACGUCAGGUCACCUGGUUAAUCUCUAGAAUUCCUAGUCUCAAGCAUUUAUCACUUCAGGGAACUCCCCUUCAGGCAGUUCUUGGGUUGCACACUUGUAUGUGCCCACCGUUACAGAUUUUGGAUUUGAGUUUUGUAGCUGGUUUGAACGAUUCUGCCAUACGGGAAAUUUUGUCCCCUCCAAAGGACUCCCGACCAGGUCUAGCUGAUUCUAAGUCCCGGUUACGUAAUCUCAAAAUGUUGAAACUAGCCGGAACGGAUAUAUCGGACGUCGCUUUGCGAUACAUUACCCAGGGAUUACCCAGCCUGACCCACCUGGAUAUUUCUUCGUGUCAACGAAUUACUGAUGCUGCCAUAGCCCAAAUCGGAACAUCAUCAGCCGCCAUAAAAACUCUUAUCGAGUUAGAUCUGAGUUGCUGCAAGUUGAUUACGGAACUAUCGCUAGAUCAUCUUGCUAAAUGUGAUGCUCUGACACGACUCGACCUGAGCCAUGUACCACAGGUAACGACUCAGGCUGUCAUAAAGUUUGCAUCGACGUCGAAGAACGAUCUGCAGCUUCACGACAUCAAACUGGUGGAUAAACGGAAGGUGGCUCAGUAGAAUGUCGAGCAGCAACAAAACAGAAAGCAUAUUAAAUGCAUGAUUAAAAGUAAUGCAACUGCGGUACACAUUCGACUAGGAUAGUGAUUAUCUUAAAUUUUGUCUUUUAAAUUACAUAACGCUGUGGUAUACCGAGAUAAAAUUGUAAUUUUACGUUAGAGAACGUAGCACUGUAAGGUUUUUUUUUAAAUAUUUUACUGUCGCUCAACUGUUUUGAGUUGCCCUGAAAUUGCCCCACUCUUCCUAACCAUCUUUAAACCAACUUAUGAUGUCAAGUGAAUAAAACUUUUAAUAAGUGGGAAACAACCUCUGUUGAAAUAGCAUUGAUAUGGAUACUGUAACGAAUCUUUGUAUCUGUGGUCGCACAGCCAAUAACAGAAAAGUUGGGUUUGGAUACCCUGUUUUGAAAGUUUCUACCUACUUACAUCAAAUAUGUCUGAGGACAUUGAAGAAAAGCAAACACGACGUUUUAGGGCCCGAAAUAGUUGUGCAACAAAUACACAUAGAAAAACUAAACGUAACAACUCUUAAUUUAAGAGAAGCAAAAAUAACAAUAUGAUUGAGUGUAUUAAAAAAGUGUUUUUCGUUUUCUUUUAAAAUAAGGUCCACACACAAAUCGAAACCAAAGACUAUGUUUUAAGUUAUUUUAAACAUCUCAAUUAGAUAGUUUGUAGAGUAUUCCAGUACGUGUUUCCAUUUGGUAUUUAUUAAAGAAAAAGAUUUCUGUUUUUCUACGAAAAACUUCCACAAAAAGGUCAAAACCAGUGCUUUUGAAGCACAAGUAGCGUUUUUUUUGGUAAUAGAAUAUUAUGUUGGCACAAAAAUGGUUUUAAACAGUCCAUUUGCGUUAUUUCAUUCAAAUACACAAUUAUAUUUCCAAUAUUUAUCGUUCGUUACCGUGUUAGAAUAUGAACAUUGCUCUGUAUUAGUGAGCCAAUAAUAAUUUAGUACAAGACAGCACCUCUGAAGUGCGUGAAAUGUCAUAGUUUGGAAGCGAAAAGAAAUGCGUGAUCCCGUCUUUUGUGUCUAUAGUGUGUUUUCCCUGUGAAACAGAGGUAGGAAUCGUUCCCUUUUUCCAAACAGCUGUAGUGAAAUAAAUAGUAAACUACAAAUCAAUUAGGUAUAAAGUUUAUUCCCCCCAUAAAGCUACUAGAGCUGACUUAGUGAGAGUGAAAAGCAACACAUAGAGUUAAUAUCAAUGGUCUCACUCCCUCACAACGCAAAAAAGAUGUAACUCUUAUAGUCUACCCUAACCUUGUGAGACAUUUAUCUGUAAAUAAAUGGCCGAGUAGUAUAA